AUGGAGCCCCGAGCUGUGCAGGUGCUUUGCUCAACCUUCUGGGCCCUCCGCUGCAGCAGCAUGCUGCUGCUGCUGCUGCUGCUGCUGCUUCUGCACGUGAGCUGCGUUGAGCCCUCUGAAUCAAGAGAUAAGGUUCCAGCAAAGCCUUUUAAUAGGACAGCCCCUGGAGGGGCACACAGUGAUGGGGCUGAGUGGAGUAGCGGAGCUGCUGCUUCUAAUGCUUCACCGGACGCUGCUGCAGCAGCAGCUGCUGCAGGUGCAGCAAGUGCUUCAGAUGCGACUCCGAAAGAAGGCAGCGCAAGCAGCAGCAGCAACAGCAGGGGCGGUGGGGCCCCUCUAAAUCUGCCUCAGCUGCUGUGGGAGCCGCUGACGAAUACCGCAGAGGCUCGGCAUCUCUUUGAAAGCUGCUUUGCUGCAGAAGCUCCUGUACUUUUGGAGUUGGGUCAUAGGCCUUUGAUUAAAGGGCUUACGCCGGAGCUGCACGAAGUAGAAGAAGAAAAUGAGAGGCUGCGCACAAGCCCCUCUCCUACUCAAAUACCUGAGUUCGGCAGUAGCAGCAGCAGCAGCAGCGGCGGCAGGCCCCCGCACCACCACCACCAUCACCACCACCAUCACCAUCACCAGCAGCAGCAGCAGCAGCAGCAGUAUGCACACUGGGAGGUAGCAGGAGAUGAUAGGCCGCUAGGGCUGCAAGUAGAAGACAGCAGCAGCGGGGUGUAUUGGGUGCCCUUAGCUCAGCGUCAAGCUCGCAGCUGGUGGAGGCAUAGCCUUCUAGGGGCCCCCGCCCGGCCUUCAAGCAGCAGCUCAGGGGAGUCUGAGGGGCCCCCCUAUUUAAUGUCGCCUUCUCGUGCAUCACUGGGGCCUCAGCCUCCUUCUUCUUUGUCUUUAGGUGAAGUAGUUGAAGUAUUUGACUUAAGAGAGUUUGGCUUAUCUGCUUUCUACCAUCCGGAAGCCUAUGGAGAUCAGCUACAGUGCGGAGGUUUAUAUUCGCCUGUCUACCUAAUGGAUAAACCUCUAGGUCCUCUUGCUGCUGCUUGUUCAUUUAAACAUCUUUCUGCAUUUGCAGAGAAGAUGGGGCAGCUCGUGCGCCUGCAUGCAGCACCUUCAAAGCCUCCUGCAGCAGCAGCAACAACAGCAACAGCAGCAGCAGCAGCAGCACCAGCAGCAGCACCCGCAGCACUAGCAGCAGCUUCCCCUGCCGCAGCAGCAGCAGCAGCUGCUGCUGCUGCUGCAGCAGAGGGAGACUCAGCAGUGACAGACGAGACCGAUUCGAGUACAUUUUCGUACGCUGCUGCAAGUGCAGCAGCAGCCGUAGCAGCAGAAGCAGCAUCAUCAGCAGAAUCAGCAGAAUCAGCAGCAGCAGGAACAGAAGAAGAAGGAGCAGCAGAGGCAGCAGAUGAAGCAGACGAAGCAGAUGAUUUUGAUGAAUUUGGAAGCAGCAAUGGGGCUAGCCCCGAAGAAUUAAGAAAAGCUUUAGGGGGCUACGAUCCUAAGAUACAAGGAAGAGUGUGGCCAGAGGUCAAAGCCGUAGAAGAUUUGUUCUUCCCAAUCGCCGCUCUGCAUGCGCUGCAGCGCCAAGGGGGCCCCGAGCCCAUAUUAUUUUCUUUGGUUUCCUCAAUUUUUAAUUGCCGCGCACAUCUGCCUUACCGUUUGCUGCCCUCUAUAGGGCGUCGUACGGUGCCUCCUUUUGCUGCUCCUCCUUCUCCUUUAUUAGAGUUAUUUGGAAAGAUGCAAGGAACAGUUGAUAUUCCUUUAGAGAUGCGUGAUGUAGGGGGAGAGAUAUAUGUGGAUGGAAGGCAAUUUAAGGGGUCACCGAGACUCGAACGCGUGCACAGAUUAUACUUCCGGUCUGCAUUAGUCCUAUGGCAGUUUGCUUACUAUGCUUACCGCAUUUCCGAUCUUAUGGAUGAUUAUACAAAUAUACCUCUUGAUGAAGUACUUUUUAAGCACUUCAUUCCUUCUUAUGUCGGCACAGCCCUCUUCACUGAGAACGCUCUGAUGCAUUCAGUAGGCGGCCGUCUAACUGCUGAUGGAGCUCGAGCGCUAUCGAACUCAGACCUGAAGUUGGUGCGUACAAUUGGGUUUCCGCCUCGUGUUGUAAAGCCCUCGGGGGCCCCUGAUGAGGGCCCCGUAGGUCGCAGUGUGCCGUUUGUCUUGGAUGAAAAGACAAGAGAGCUCGUAGACCUCGAGGCAUCACCAGGCGCUCUUCAUCUUCUCAACAGCAAACCUAAUAAGCACCCAUACCAAAUAGUACAAGAUAAGCAGCUUCCUUCUAUUAAUCCGGAUGUAUGUGAUCGAGAUGCUACUCACCAUAUGGUGAUCCCUGCACCACUCAUAUUUAGAUGGGACCUUAACUUAGAAUCUUCUUCUGCUGCUGCAGAUGCUGCUGCUGGUUCUGCUGCACCGCCCACCGCUGCAGCAACAGAAACACCAGCACCCGCAGCAGCAGCAGCAGGAGGAGCAGCAGAAGCAGCAGCAGAAGCAGCAGCAGGAGCAGCAGCAGCAGCAGGAGGGGGAUGGGGAGAGGUCUGGCCUUCACUAGUGCUUAAUGUAGACAGUGAUGUGGGUAUAGGAGCUAAAGACAGAGAUUCAAAACCCCCACAGCCAGGCCAAACAGACGAAAUCCCUGUACACCGCGCAGAUGUUGUUUGGGCGUUCAAAGGCACGGGGCAACCCAAGGUCUGCAUCCAUACACCGGACAGCAGCGCAAUCAAACACAUGCAUAUGCGCAGCAGCAGCAGCAGCAGCAAGAAACCGUUUGUGGUGGUCUUUACGGGGCAUUCACAAGGAGGGGCAUCCGCUAGCUACGCUGCUUGGUUUGUUUCAAAGCAUUUGGAUGAUUUGGUUAAGCAGGGCCUCGUUGCAGUGUAUUGCAUUACCUUUGCCGCUCCUAUGAUUGGAGAUAAAGCAGCAAUUGAUGAGCUGCAUCGCUAUGGCGCGGUGUAUCAUCACAUCGUGCUGGACGUUGACCCCGUUCCUGACUUAAGACAAUCGAAGGGGAAGGGGUAUAUGGAGAGAGACAAAGAGCAUACAGUAGUGAUUCCUUUGCACUCACUUGCGCGAGCAAACGUAUUUGAUAAGAAGAGCGGCGAUGUAUUAUACUCUGGUUUAUGUUGGUUAGAUGAAUCUGUGCGAGCGGAACUGGACAUUGCAUUGGAGAGCACUUGGCGACGUUCUGUUCCCGUUAUGGCUGCUCGUUUAACUAGGAAGGUACAACGUGAUCCAGAUUUCUUAGAGAAGGCAGCAGCAGAAGUAGAGAAAGCGUACAAAGGAACGCGCAGGAAGACACGGCAUACACACUUAUAG